GUUGCUUGGUCUCCUUUGCUCAGCUGGAGAUCUCCCUGGCACACGUCUUUGGCAUGCCUGCAGCGGCCGUGCUGGCAGUGGCUUAUGUUUCAACCGGCCAUUGGAUCGUAAAUAACAUCCUCGGGUUCUCUUUCUGCCUGCUUGGAAUCAGGUCCAUCAACCUGUCCAGCUAUGGUGCUGGUGUGGUGCUGCUGAGCGGUUUGUUCGUCUAUGAUGUGAAGGCAGAUCGAGGUACAGGAUGGGUCGCUGCCGGCAGGUUCUGGGUUUUCUUCAGCAAGCCGGUUUUUGGAGCGAACGUCAUGGUGUCGGUGGCGAAGGGAGUAGAGGCUCCAAUUAAAUUGAUGCUUCCGCGGGACUUCGGUGGGUGCGGAGAUCUGCAGUUUAACAUGCUGGGCCUUGGUGACAUUGCAGUUCCAGGUUUGUUCGCGUCUUUCCUUGCGAAAUGGGAUGCUGUCAACAUAGCAGCUGGUUCGAGCAAGAGCUUUGUCUAUCUGAACUUCUGCCUUCUUGCGUACAUGUUGAGUUUGAUCUUGACAGUAACGGUGAUGAUGAUCUUCCAGCAUGCCCAACCAGCUCUUCUGUACAUUUGCCCCUGUGUGCUGCUGGCUUCUCUCGCCGUGGCACGUGCACGUCUGGACCCGAGCUUGAGUCUGAGACGGCAUCAUGACCAGACGGCUUUGCAAAUUGGCUUGACCCGAGGCGGUGAGCUGACGGAUCUGAUUGCUUUCUCAAUUCCCGAAGAAGGAGAAGCAGAGUCUUGCUUGAUCAGCUGUUGA